AUGAAGCGGAACUUGAAGCAUCGUGGGCUCAACUUAUCCCUGCGCCGCUAUGGUGUUGGCGUCGUUCGCAAAGUUAUUCCUCGCCCGGUGGUUGAUUCCCAGUAUUUAGAAGGUAGAAGGAAGAGAUAUGGCACUGGGCAGCCCGAGCCAGAAUCUGUCAAUGGCAACCAAGAACCAAAGCCGCCGCUUCUGCCUCAUUUCCGGGCGCCUAAGCAGGAUCCAACAUGCUUUGACUGCUUCUGGACACCGGCACAGAGUCAAACUUCGCUUGGCCGCGUUCGCAAUCAUGCCCUCGAGAGCCGCAACAGCAACUGCAGUCAGCUUCUCGCCUCAGAGGCUGCAGAUGAUUGGAUAACCGCCCUGCAAUCAGCUGCAGAGAUAAUUGCUCAAGUUGAUAAUGGAUCACUAGAAAGAUGGGAACCGGACGGCUACCGUCGCAGCCAAACAUAUCAUCAAGUGUUUCAAGGCAAGUGGGAGGAGUAUGAUCCCUGGGAAUGUACCGGACGCGCAUCUUCAACCAUGGAUUUAUACAACGGUUAUGGUGCUUGUACCAUAUUCAGGAUGUUCCAAGGCCUCCUAGCGCCCUCUACAAUCGAGCCGGGCAUGCUGAGGCUUUUGCCAUCGCCCAAACUUGCAACUGCUUAUUACCUCCUCAGCCCUUCUUCGCUCCAAAGAAUCCAGCGCCAGAUAGACGAUCUGGGGCAGAAUAGGACGCUUAUCUUGAUGCUAGCAACUGGGAUGUUCAACACGACCUGGACACAACUAUACACGGUGCUCACUCCCGGGGCAGAUGACAUUACAUUCCGACGUGGACAACCAGGCCCUGACUUCGACUCUUCUGGGCGAGGCGCUGUGACUGAAGACACCAAUGUUAUGCCCAGUGAGAAGGAAAUUGCAGAAUUAGGCGGUGCACCGGCAUUACGAGCCAUGGGACUCCAGCCUUGGAACCAGACGAUGAAGAUGCCUUUGUACCAUCUGAGCAAAUAG